UUUAGGUUGGCAGUUGACUUGCGAUUGUGAUUGUGAACUGUCGAACUAAAUUGAUAAGUUUGUUUUGUCACAAAAAUAUGGUCAUAGUUUUAUAAAUUCAGCGAAAUCAUGAGAUAAGUAGUACCACAUGUAAACAUACAUUUGCAAUGUGUCAAGUGAAUAACGCAUAAACAUAAUGAAAGUCGUGUGGAUCAUGUUGUGAAAAUGCGAAGUGUUACAUUCGGAUUUAUUGGAUGUCACACGCGAUUGUAAUCUUCGAAGGGGUCUCCGUCUCUACGAAGAACCAUAUCGUUUUCAUUGUGGAUACGUUACAUGUACGCAGCGGGAAUGACAAUAAUGGCAGUUUCUGUUGGCGAAAUUUGCGAGAACACGAAGUUGGCGAGGGAGAUGGCCCUGAUGGGGAACUAUGAGUCGGCGCUGGUGUACUACGAGGGCACCGUGCAGAUGAUCCACAGGCUGCUCAUCACCAUCGCGGACCCUACACGCAAGUCCAAGUGGCAACUGGUUCAAAAGCAGAUGGCACGCGAGUACGAGCAGCUGAAAGCAACGGUGGCUACCUUGCAGAUGUUCCAGCACGAAGGAGAGAAAGCCAUCACACCACUUGCGGGCAAAGGAGGAGACGGCAUCCCAGUCCGCCUCGCUCCGCGCCAUGUCCUGAACCAAUACCGGACGCGAGAGGUCGCCGACUACAUCCUUAAGGACCCAUGCAGGGCACACUGUCAUCGUAUGCUCCACCGUGUCGUCCGGGCGGUCCACGCAGUGAUGACACCCGGGCGUUUCCUCCCGCCCUAUCAGAAACAGAAACCUAUAGAAGCUCCCAAGUCCGACUACGAGGACCUACCAACACGCGAUCAGAUGUGGGCCCCAGCGCCGCACGAGCUCGACCCCGAUAUAUGGCCCCCACCGCCAGACAGAGACCCCAACGCGUGGCCCCCACCCACUAGCGUAGAACACAAAGGGCCUCCCGCAAUGAAAUCGGCACGAGCUAACCCCAGGACGGCUCGAAACGACAACAAAAAAACUACACCGGCCAAUCGCAAUGCGACCUCUUCACAACGAAAAACCUCUGAUGCUAGGAAUCCUAAAAACGCAACAAAUAAAGCACAUAGCGCAAAAACAAAGGACACGAGCAAUAAAGACCACAGCAGUAAGGACAAGCAGGACAGGGACAACAACAACGGUGACACUGAUGAUGAGAAGCAUAAGGACGAGGAGAGGAGGUUCGAGCCGCCGUCCGCCGCCGAUGGAGACCUGGUUGAUAUGCUUGAGCGAGAUAUAGUACAAAAGAACCCCAACAUCCGAUGGGACGACAUCGCUGACCUGGCAGAAGCCAAGCGACUGCUGGAGGAAGCCGUAGUCUUGCCCAUGUGGAUGCCCGACUUCUUUAAGGGCAUCAGACGGCCGUGGAAGGGCGUCCUGAUGGUGGGUCCCCCGGGCACGGGUAAGACGAUGCUGGCGAAGGCAGUGGCCACGGAGUGCGGCACCACCUUCUUCAACGUAUCCUCGUCCACACUCACCUCCAAGUACCGCGGGGAGUCCGAGAAACUAGUCAGAUUGUUAUUCGAAAUGGCCCGGUUCUACGCGCCGAGCACGAUCUUCAUAGACGAGAUAGACUCGCUGUGCUCGCGGCGCGGCUCCGACAGCGAGCACGAGGCGUCACGCCGCGUCAAGUCCGAGCUACUCGUGCAGAUGGACGGCCUAGGGUCUGCUACGGAUGAACCUGCUAAAGUAGUAAUGGUAUUAGCAGCGACAAACUUUCCGUGGGACAUAGACGAGGCGUUGCGGCGGCGGCUGGAGAAACGUAUCUACAUCCCGCUGCCGACGCAGGAGGGCCGCGAGGCACUCCUCGGCAUCAACCUCCGGGAGGUUAAACUAGACCCUGAGGUCGACCUCCGAGCCAUCGCCAAGAAACUCGAUGGGUACUCCGGUGCUGAUAUCACUAAUGUCUGCAGGGACGCAUCAAUGAUGUCGAUGCGACGCAAAAUAGCUGGCCUAAAACCCGAGCAGAUCAAACAACUUGCCAAGGAAGAACUCGACUUGCCGGUCACCAAGCAGGACUUCAUGGAAGCGCUGGCCAAGUGCAACAAGUCCGUGUCGAAGGGAGACAUUCAGAAGUACCUCUCCUGGAUGGCAGAGUUCGGCUCCUCCUGAUUGUAGCACUAGCGGCGCGACAUCACCGUCCUGAGACACAUCGCAGCACGACGUGUUCACACGUAACAAGCUUCUAUCUCGAACGUCGCUUCUCCACGAAACACGUUCCAAAUAGAAACUUUACAAACACGAAAAAUUGCCUUAAACUCAAUGUUAUAAAAUAUUUAAGUUAACGAAGUAACAUUCAGACUGUUGCAGUAUUAAUACGGAAAGUAUAAAAUUGAUAGUGGCAUAUCGAAAUUGAUAAUAUUAUGUAAGUGAGAAAUCAUUUAUUGACAGUAGAGUGAAACAUUCCGGUUUUAAAAUAAUAUUGUAAAUACGCUUCUAACUCUACUAAUUGUUGGCAUUUUAUUGAUAACUUUCAAGACGAUAUAUUUAUACAAAUCGUGAUCAUAAUUAACUUGAACAUUGUAUAAAGCACAAUAAGAUACUUCGUUCCAUGUACAUAUUAAAUUUAUGAAAUACUAACUGCAUACAAUCGAGCUUAUACUAGCGAGAUCUGGCAUCACAUUAUUAUUAUUCAUAUGUUAUCCCAAAAAUUAAGACCCGUGAUCUUUGUACUUAAAUUAGGUUAAAUUUGAGAUUUGUUUUAUACUUAGAUAAUAGUUUUAUGCCAUAACUAAUUUAUGUGUACUUUUAUAUAUUUUUAAUUAAAAUGCUAUAUUACGUUAUUUUAUGAAAUGAGAUAUAUAUAUUUGGCAUUUAUAUUAUAGAAUUUCGCUCAAUUAAAAUUAGCAUGUUCCCGUGUGAUUAUGUUGCGAGGUGUUUAGAUAUAAAUAUUUCCUCAAGAAGCCACAUUACCACCUCUUUGAGUGAACCUUCAUAUUUUAUUACGAAACGUACUGUUAAUAAAUGUAAAGUAGCAAUAGAAUAUUGUGUUCAAGCAGGUACUAAACGAUUGAAAUGGAACAUUAUUAUUCGGUAUAUAACAUUGGUGAAGAUAACAAUAUUUUUGCAAACAAAAUAACAAAACUUGUAUAACGAAGACAUGAAAAUAAAUCAAAUUUUAAAAUGA